GGUUCUAAGGGGAGCAGGAGCUGCGGGUUGUACAUUGGUCAAAGAGAGACUCGAAUCUCGGACUAUCAUCCCAGGGAAAUUGGGAAGAGUUGGAAGAAGGCGCUCCUUCGAAAGGGGGUAAACUUCCGCCCCGAAGAGAUGAGGUUCCUCAGGAUCAGGUAAAAGUAGUUUGAGGAGCUGCAGUUUUGUUGAAAGUUGCUGUAAUCCGGAGUGCAUCAAGUUGGGGAUCAUGAGCCUAGUAGGGAGCUUCCAACAUCCCGCAUUAAUGCAUGAAGCUUUUCCGUUCGGUCCCAAUAAUCGCUGUCACCAGGACCAUCCCUUCUUCCAGAGCUGGGUCCUCAACCAGGCGGAGAUGUCUCCCGAAUUCCCCACGCAGCCCUCCUACAGCACCGAGUAUGGGAUUAACGGGAUAGGAACGGAGCCUGGCCGCUUUGAAGGUGUCCCGGAGCGGACGGCGGGGAGACGCCGAGCAGCCUCGGUCCCGAAGAAGGAACGACGCCGGACCGAGAGCAUCAACAGCGCGUUCGCCGAGCUCCGAGAAUGUAUCCCCAAUGUACCGGCGGACACCAAACUGUCGAAAAUCAAAACGCUGCGUCUGGCCACCAGUUAUAUCGCCUACCUGAUGGACACUCUGUCGAAGGACAGUCAGGUCGGAGAGGCGGAAGCUUUCAAAGCAGACCUGAAGAAAACGGAUAGCAAGGAAGCGAAACGCAAACGGGAAACGAAUGAACCUGUAAACAGCUCGGCCAGAAGCAGCGACAAGAAGGUGAAAGGACGGACGGGUUGGCCACAGCAAGUUUGGGCUCUCGAGCUGAACCAGUGACUGCAGUGAACAUGCAAAUUUGCACAGUUUUUAUUCCAAGUUGAAGGCGGCUGAAUGGUCCCACGAUCGAUCCUCCAACUGAGCAGCAAACCAGCAGAGAAGCAUAAGUGCAAUUUUAAAUCUGUUUGACU